CCCAGCUCGGGCCGAUGUGGAAACUUUGGAGAGCUGAUGAGGGCGCGGCGGCGCUCGGCGGCGCGCUCUUCCUGCUGCUCUUCGCGCUGGGGGUCCGCCAGCUGCUGAAGCAGAGGCGGCCGAUGGGCUUCCCCCCGGGGCCGCCGGGGCUGCCAUUUAUCGGCAACAUCUAUUCCCUGGCUGCCUCAUCCGAGCUUCCCCAUGUCUACAUGAGAAAGCAGAGCCAGGUGUACGGAGAGAUCUUCAGUUUAGAUCUUGGAGGCAUAUCAACUGUGGUUCUAAAUGGCUAUGAUGUAGUAAAGGAAUGCCUUGUUCAUCAAAGUGAAAUUUUUGCAGACAGACCAUGCCUUCCUUUAUUCAUGAAGAUGACAAAAAUGGGAGGCUUACUCAAUUCCAGAUAUGGCCGAGGAUGGGUCGAUCACAGACGAUUAGCUGUAAACAGUUUUCGAUAUUUUGGAUAUGGCCAAAAGUCUUUUGAAUCUAAAAUCUUGGAAGAAACAAAAUUUUUCAUUGAUGCUAUUGAAACGUACAAAGGUAGACCUUUUGACUUUAAACAGUUAAUAACGAAUGCUGUUUCAAACGUAACCAAUCUGAUCAUUUUUGGAGAACGAUUCACUUAUGAAGACACCGAUUUUCAGCACAUGAUUGAGUUAUUUAGUGAAAAUGUGGAACUAGCUGCCAGUGCCUCAGUCUUCUUGUAUAAUGCCUUUCCAUGGAUUGGCAUCCUGCCUUUUGGAAAACAUCAACAGCUGUUUAGAAAUGCAGCUGUAGUCUAUGAUUUUCUCUCCAGACUCAUUGAAAAAGCUUCAGUCAACAGAAAGCCUCAGCUACCUCAGCAUUUUGUUGAUGCUUAUUUAGAUGAGAUGGAUCAAGGUAAAAAUGACCCAUCAUCUACUUUCUCCAAAGAAAACCUAAUUUUCUCAGUGGGUGAACUCAUCAUUGCUGGAACUGAAACUACAACCAAUGUGCUACGGUGGGCAAUUCUUUUCAUGGCCCUUUAUCCUAAUAUUCAAGGACAAGUUCAGAAAGAGAUUGAUUUAAUUAUGGGCCCCAAUGGGAAGCCUUCUUGGGACGACAAAUGCAAAAUGCCUUAUACUGAGGCAGUUUUGCAUGAAGUUUUAAGAUUCUGUAAUAUAGUUCCAUUAGGGAUUUUCCAUGCAACCUCUGAAGAUGCAGUUGUACGUGGUUAUUCCAUUCCUAAAGGCACAACAGUAAUUACAAAUCUUUAUUCUGUACACUUCGAUGAAAAGUACUGGAGAGACCCAGAAGUGUUCCAUCCUGAGCGAUUUCUGGACAGCAGUGGAUAUUUUGCCAAGAAGGAAGCUUUGGUUCCUUUUUCCCUAGGGAGAAGACACUGUCUUGGAGAACAGUUGGCUCGGAUGGAAAUGUUCUUGUUUUUUACAGCAUUGCUUCAGAGGUUUCAUUUGCAUUUUCCACAUGAACUAGUUCCAGAUCUGAAGCCCAGGUUAGGCAUGACAUUGCAGCCCCAACCCUACCUCAUCUGUGCUGAAAGACGCUGAAAGUGCCUGGAUAUUUUCGGGAACAAGGAUGUAUAUUUGCCUUAUCCCUGAACUUGGUUUAAUCAAAUCAAUGUGUGUAUUAGAAUAAAAGUCACAGCAUCAUAAAACCAAGUGAA